CGAAUUAAUCCGCUUAAGUUCUCUGUCUUUGAGUUCUGCGCUGCAAUGACUUCCCUCUUGGUAAGUUUUGUUUCCGGUGGCUUGAUUCUCGUCUUCGAUGUCGAGAAAUGAUCUAAUGUUCUGUUCCGAUUUCGUUUCUGUCGACUGAAAUUUUGUAAAGAGUCUUGGUCUCGAGUCGAGCUGGAAUUCCAUAGAAUUUUUGGAUUCAUCAUUUUCCAUCCGAACUUGGUGGUUAAACUCUACUUCGGUUACGAUAGUGUAGGGGAGGUCCUUCUAACAAAUGGAGUUGACGACAUUUCGUUUCGGAUUCAACCGGGUUAUUCUAUUCCACCUCUUAGAAAGAUUAGAAAGAAAAGAACUUUUUGAGAGAGACAGGUUGUUGGGUGCCUCAAGUUUUCAUCUGGAAGUCGUUUGUUAUCCAGAUAUCUGAAGAAAAGGGAGCCUAACGUGUCCAGUUAGUAACUUUUUAGGGAUACUUAGUUCCCUCUAAUUUGUUUCUGCAUUUUCGGUUCCAAGGAUGAGGAAAGCCGUGAGCUUUCUAUGACGAAAUUCAUCGAUCGAAUGACACUUAAGUGGAAAUUAGUUACGGCUAAAAAUGAAAUUCAUCGACCAGAUUUUUCUCUUUAAGACGACAUGUGAAAAGGAAAUGCCGGCCCCAAUUUUUGUAUGCACGUAAUCAUUGAUGACGUGAAGUCGACUGCCGAAGUUUUCUAUUCAGGAGCUUUGUAUCAGUACUAUUUUCAUGCCGCAUGCUUGUUGCUUCAUCCCUAGUCCUAGAAGCCCUAUGCCCAAUUGAACUGUGGUCAAGCUGAAUGCAAAUCGGAUGAUUAUAGGCACUCUUAGGGGGUUUGACCAGUUCAUGAACCUAGUUGUUGACAAUACUGUGGAAGUGAAUGGCAACGAGAAAAAUGAUAUAGGCAUGGUGGUUAUCAGAGGAAAUAGUGUGGUCACUGUUGAGGCACUUGAACCUGUGAACAGGUCAUAGGGACUUAUCGGGUUUGCAUAUGUUUAUGCUUUCAAAAUGCGUUUGCUUAGGCAAUGUGCUUCUGAGUAUGACUUGUAAUGAUGGAUCUUGAGAGAGCCGUGCUGGCCGCCAUUAGUUGUGGAUGCUCAUCUGCUCCUUUGGAUUCACAAGGAACUCAUAUAUUGAACAAUUUUCAUUGGUAGAAGGAUUUUGUAAAUGAAAAGAAUGGUACCCAUAAAAUUUUCUCAUGUCAUGGUCAGAACAAAAAUGCAGCACCUUCAUUACAAAAGGAUACUUAAAUUUUUUGCAAA